UCUAAACUUGUUAUGUGCUGAGACGUGAGUUUUAAUGUGAGACAGACGCAGUGAAGUUGAUGAAGCAGAGAAGUUGUUGAAGCAGAGCUGUUGCUCCUCCUGCUUCCAGUCGUCAUGGAGCAGGAAACUCUCAGAGGAGACAAACAGGCUUCAAGACAGCUGAGACAGGAGGAGACGGGAGGAGACGAGAGGACGACUGGAGACAAGAGGACGACUGGAGACGACUGGAGACGAGAGGACGACUGGAGACGAGAGGACGAUGGCCGAAAGUCGAGCACCAGGAGGAGGAGGAUUAAGUCCGGAGGACGUCCUGCCUGGACGGAUGGACGGACGUCAGAGGACCAAGACAAAGUCCAACAUGAUCCGAGUGUUUAUCAGCUCCACGUUCACAGACAUGAGCAGUGAGAGGAGGGCUCUGCUGGAGAAGUCCUACCCAGAGAUCCAGACCUUCUGCCGUGGUCUGGGGCUGGUGUUUGAGGCGGUGGACCUGCGCUGGGGGAUUCGAAGCGUCCCGUCUGGAGACCACGAGGCCUGUGAGAUCUUCCUGCAGGAGAUCCAGACCUGCCAGAGGGUCUCAGCUGGUCCGGCCUUCGUUGCUCUCCUGGGGAACCGUUAUGGACACCGCGCUCUCCCUCGCGUCGUCCCAGAGAAACUCUUCCAGGUCCUUCUGUCCAAACUGUCUGAGAACCAGGACGUCCUCCAGCUGCUGAGUCGCUGGUUCCUCAGAGACGCCAACGCGGCCCCGCCCUCCUACGUCCUUCAGCCAAUCACGGCUCACUUCCCCCACUACGCCGACCUUCGACCUGAGAGCGGACGGGAGCACGACAGGGACGUCCUGUCCUGGAGGGACACCGAGAACCAGCUGCUGGACGUCCUGCGAUCUGCAGCCACUCGGGCCGAGGAGGACGGAGACAUCACCAGUGGACAGAAAAGAGUCUUCUACACGUCAGUCACGGAGCAGGAGUUUGAGGAGGGCUUGUGGAAGGUCGGCAGCGAGUCGUCCUCUCUGGUCUUUGUCCGGGAGGUUCCUCGUCAGAGGGUGAGGGACGGUCCCAAGCGUCUCGCCAAGCUCCUGGACGUGACGGCCAACGGGCUCCUGGACGUGGAGGCGCAGCGCCUCCUCACGGGCCUCAAGGCUCGACUGUACGACUCCUCCCAGAAGAUCCUCAGCCUGCACUGUGUGGAGCUGCAGAAAGGAAGCGUCGACCCGGCGCGCAGGGAGCACGCUCAGUACCUGGACAGCGUCUGUGAGCAGUUCGUGUCCCAGAUGAAGGCUCGGAUCGCGGCGGCCGUGGACGUGGACGGACGUCGCGGGAGGACGUGGGGCAGCGUUGACGGGGGGCGGGAGGAGGAGUCCGAGUGGCUGGUGGAAGACGGUGUGAGCGCCCAGCGGAGCGGAGGCCUCCACGGCCGGGAGGGCCUCCUGGGAAAGCUCUGCCUCGCCAUGUGGGAGUCCGGCCCCGCCCACCACCGCCCCCUGGUGGUGCACGGGGCCGCUGGGAUGGGGAAGACGGCUCUGCUCUGCAGACUGGCCCAGGAGAUGAGGGGCGUCCUGGACCCCGGGGCGGUGGUGGCCUUCAGGCCGCUGGCAGCUCGCCACCCUCACAGGCCCGACGUGGACCAGGUCCUCCGAAGCGUCUGCCUCCAGGUGUGUCUGGCCUGGGGUCUGGCCCCGCCCUCCUCUCUGACGGUUAACUCCCACCUGGAGCUGGUCCGGUUCUUCAGGAACGUCCUGGCAGAGGUUUCCCAGAAGGGGAACACCCUCCUCAUCAUCCUGGACUCGGUGGACCAGCUCUCAGACCAACAUCACGCCCACAAGCUGCGCUGGCUCCCCGCCGCCGUCCCCCCCAACGUCCACCUGGUGGUGUCCAUGGACACGCACAGCGAGGCGUUCGCCAGCGUGCGGAUGAAGCUGGAGACAGUGGCGAGUUUCUUUGAGGUGGAGCGUUUGACCCGGGAUGAAGUCGUCCUCGUCAUGGAGUCGUACCUGCGAGCGUCGCGGAGAACGUUGACGUCGGAGCAGAGCGACGCCGUCCUGCAGAGCGUGGAGCAGAGCGGCUGUCCCCUCCACCUCCACCUCAUCCUGUCCAACGCCAAACGAUGGACGUCCUCCACACCACGGACACAGCUGCUCCUGGGCGCCACCACACAGGAAGUGAUGUCACAGCUCUUCCUGAUGCUGGAAGAGAAACAUGGGAAGGAGCUGGUGGGCGGGGCUUUGGGAUACAUCGCUUUGGCAAGGGAGGGUUUGCUGGAGGCGGAGCUGCGUGAUGUCAUGUCUCUGGAUGAUGAUGUCAUGUGUGAGGUGUACAGGUACACGCUCCCUCCCACCCCCUCCAUGAUCCGGCUGCCCCCC